AUGACUGAGCCGUUUGAGUGCUUUGAAGACAUGGAGACGCUUGCGCUGGGCCUCUUCUGCUGCUGGUGCCAGGAUCGACGGACAAACGCGUGGCUCAACAACCGGCCUGCGGCGUUUAUGGACUACGGCUGUGGCGUCUGCUGGUUCCUCCUCGACUUUUUCUCGUCGGGCUUCUGCCUCCCGCUCCACUGCAUCUCUGAGCUGAUGAACCGGGCCCGGAUCAAGAACCGCUACCUCAUCGGGUACAACGGCAACACCUCGCUUGGCCUCUCCGACUACGCCGUCGUCUGCUGCUGCCUCCCCUGCGCCAACUGCCAGCAUGCCCGCGAGCUCAUCCUCCGCGGCGACGAUGUGCUUCCUGCCAACGUCAUCAGCCCGCAGCGGCCAGCGCAGGCCUCUUAUCCUGCCUCUCCGACCCAGCACAACGUCCAGCGCCAGCACGGCCAGCCUGUCCAGGGCCAGCCGGUGCAGGCGCAAUACAAGGUUGUGGAUGUGCUGGGGAUGGUCAUGGUGGAUGUGGAUGUGCUGGGGAUGGUCAUGGUGGAUGUGGAUGUGCUGGGGAUGGUCAUGAUGGUUGUGGAUGUGCUGGGGAUGGUCAUGGUGGAUGUGGAUGUGCUGGGGAUGGUCAUGGUGGAUGAAGAGUCUGAGCGCGAGGCCGAGCGCGUUCGCAAGUACGAGGCCGAAGGCCGCGACGAGUACGAUGUGAACAAGCAGAAGGCCGUCGCUGCCGAGUCGCACAUGAUGAUCGCAGAUUGCAUCAAGCGGCUCACCGCAGCUGUCGAGGACCUCGAGGAGGUCAUGGAGACCCAGGCAGUCGACCCGGCGUCGUCCGAGGACGCCGGCGCCGCGGUCGCCGCCGCCAACGACGCUCUGCAGGCGAGUAAGGCCCUCCUCGCUGAGCACGACUCGCCCGACGCGUAA